AUGCAGACUGGUGACACUCUCAUCUACAAGAAUCGACAAUCUCUGAUCUUCCAAAUCCGCCAACGAGCAAGGCAAGGAUGCAUGCUAUAUCUUUCUGACUUUGAGUUUUUGGAUGUGAUCCUUCCCGAUACCAAGACCGGUGCUGACUUCGGCGAUCCAUGUGCUGCAAAAAUGUUCUUUGGAAAAACUGAGGCAUAA